AUGGCAGGCACGCUCCUCCCGGGAAUAGCUGGGCCCACACAGCUCCUGGAGAACGGCUGCGAGGGCUCGUUCCUCCUCGCGGCAUCGGCUGGCAGGAGGUAUGCUGCCUUGGGGGAUCUGUGCUGCCAAGAGGAGGAGUUACAGGAGGAAGUGAGCAGGCUGUGCAGCAUCCGGGAAGAGGAAAGGGAGAUAGACGGGAUCUUCUCUGAGACUCAACAGCUUGAAGAGCCACCACCCCCAGAGAAGCUGGCAGUGUCCACCCCUAAUAUGAAGGAGGAGGCACGGAAAUCCGAGACGGCUAAGAAAAUGGGUACAGCCGACCCGGAGGAAAGUGCAUUAAUUGACUUCAGGAAUUUAGUUAUGUGUGCCGAUCCUGAUACUUGGGACGGGGACAUCUGGGGUGACCCAGAUGACGAGCCCAAGCAGGCAGGGUUGGUCUUCAGUCUGGCGGUAGUUGUGGGCUCCCUCCAGAGACUCCUCAGCACAGGCAUCUCCACCCUGAAAGAAGUCAUCACCUUGAAAAAGAAGAGGCUCUUCACGAUCCUGAUCUUGAUGACCCUAGGGGCUCUUGGUCAGUAUUCGCCUCCUACCAGCGGAGGCACAGAGGCACGGAGUGCGAGCUUCAGUGUGCUGCUGGGGCAGCCUGCAGCCAACCUGAGGUCCCUGCGGAACACGCUCGCUCUGUGGGGGGAACAAUCGCAACAGAUGCAACAGCUGAGGGAUGAGGUGGCACGCCUGGCUGCAGAGAUCGGCACUAUGAAGAAGGAAGUUCAGCAAAUGAGAGAGGCAGUGUCUGCAACCACACAGAUGUCUGAUUGGGCUCUGAAAAGUGCAGGGGCUGCCAUCGACCUGCACAGAUCAUCCAGCAGCUCUGCAUGGCUCUGCAGGGUGUUUUGGUUCCUGUGUGCUCCACACGUUCUGGAUACCUUUGUGCAGACGGAUGCUUCCCCGGGAUAUUGCUGGCCUUUCCAAGGGUCUGGGAGUGAGGUGCUAAUCCGGUUGCCUGCACAAGUACGACCAACGGCCGUCACCGUACAGCACGCCUCCAAGAUAGCCUCUCCGCUGGAGACUGUCAGUAGCGCUCCCCGAGAUUUCACGGUCUCUGGACUGGAUGAGGAAGGCGAGGAUGAAACUCUGCUGGGGACAUUCACCUACGCCGUGCACAAAGAGCCCACCCAGACCUUCCCUCUGCAGAAUGGGAACCCCAGAGCCUUUCGGUUUUUGAAACUUGGCAUACAGAGCAACUGGGGAAAACCAGGAUACACCUGCAUUUAUCGCGUGCAGGUGCAUGGGAAGAUCGUGGGAUCGAGUGCCAUCGGCCAGACACGUGUGGAGACCCUCCCUCACUAA